AUGAAGAAUUUCGGUACUGCCUUGUUGCUGCUGGCAGCUUCUGCCAACUUUGUGGUAUCUCUUCCAGCUGUCCGUGAGGAAGGUGUGGCGCCACGCAUGGUCUAUGAGCCUCACUCUGCUGCCAGAGCCGUUCCCUACCAUGGCGCAGAGCUUCUGCCCCGUCAAGGCAAGGGCAAGGGCAAGGGUGGCAAAGGAAAUGGAAACGGUGGUGCUGCCAACGCCGCUGCUAAUGCCGCCAAUGCUAACGGCAAUGCUAAUGCCAAUAAUAACAACAACAACAACAACGCAGCAAAUGCUAAUGCGAACGCCGCGAAUGCGAAUGCCAACAACAAUAACAACAACGCAGCCAAUGCAAAUGCCAAUGCUGCAAAUGCCAACGCCAACGCCAACGCGAAUGCUGCAAAUGCGAACGCAGCAACCGCAGCUACCGGAAAUGGAAAGAAGGGCAAGAAAGCUGCCGCCGCCGCUGCCGCCGCUGCAAGCUCCAGUGCUGCAGCUGCUUCUGCCGCCUCAGCUUCUGCCGCCUCUGCCGCUGCUGCGACGGCAAGCGUCGAUACUGCUACCGCCAGCGUAGCUACAGCAAGCGUUGAUACUGCUGUUGCCGCGUCAUCGGCUGCCGCCGCAACCGAUGCUGCUGAUGCCAGCACUAGACGCCGCUUGAUGGCUCGUGCCUUUAACCAGCCGCUUUACCCCAGGAAGAAGAACGACAAUGCUGACAAUGCCGAUGACAACGUUGAUGACAAUGUCGACGAUAACGUUGAAAACGUUGAUGACAAUGCCGACGAUAACGCUGACGACAACAACAACAACAACAACAACAACAAUGAUGACAACGCCGACGACGCAACUGCUACUGACACUGCCGUCGCCAGUGCUACCGACGCUGCUGCCACGGAUGCCGCUGCUACGGAUGCCACAGCCACAGCUACCGACGCUGCUGCUACUGAUGCCACGGCGACGGCUACAGAUGCCGCUGCUACUGCUACUGAUGCCGCUGCGAACAACGGCACAGCCAAUGCAGGAGAUGCCAAAGCUUCGAAGAAGGCCGCCAAAGCUGCCGCCAAAGCAUCCAAGGCUGCUGCAAAGGCUGCCCAGGCUACUGCUGCUGCGACGGCCUCGAACUCGACCGGAGACGCAACUGCUGAUUCCAAGGCGGCGAAGAAGGCAGCCAAGGCCGCCGCAAAGGCCGCUCAAGACGCUGCCGCCGCCAAUGGAACAGCCACUGAUACUGGAAACGCCAAGAGCGGUAAGAAGAACAAGAACAACGACAACAAUGCUGCUGCUAGCAACGCUACCGAUGCCGCCGCCGGUGCCGACAAUGCCAACAACGCGGAUGCUGCUGCGAGCGACGCCACUGGCACGGAUGCGCUCUCGUCUCUCAUCGGCCAACUGACUGGCGGAGCCACAGCCGACGCUGGUGCCGCAAACUCAGGUGCAAGCACUGAUGCUCUCACGUCGCUCCUCGGAGGCGCUGGUGGAGGCGCUUCGGGCCUAACUGACAUUCUUUCCGGCCUGGGCAUCAACCUCAAGGAGCGCAGGGAGAAGGAGGAGUGA